AGCAAACAUCAGGGCUUUUCCACAGAAAGGCCUUUUUCCUCAUUCCUGACACAGAUUAUUUGGUAUAAAAGGACCGUCGGUUUUGGGCCCACGACAUCUUCCUUGGCGACGGACAGGAACCGGGGAACACCUUGUAAACCUACUGGUUGACCAAGGUACCAGAAUCAACAUGCUGAAGGCUUUGGCCCUUCUUCUCCUUGGUGGUCUCCUGCCCAUCUGCCAAGGUGGAGCAGGAAACCUAUUGUCUGUGGCCCAGGUGGACCAGGCCGUUCUGGAGAACCUACUCUCAAAUGUCCUGACCAAAGAUGACCUGCUUCAAGGACUUACUGGAGGAGCAAGUAAAAAUGUCCUAGGAGUGUUGAACGGAGGAGAAGAUGAAGGACCACUUGGUGGUGUUCUUGGAGGGCAAGAUGGAGGUCUUCUUGGUGGUGUUCUUGGAGGGCAAGAUGGAGGUCUUCUUGGUGGUGUUCUUGGAGGGCAAGAUGGAGGUCUUCUUGGUGGUGUCCUCGGAGGUCAAGGUGGAGGUCUUCUUGAUGGUGUCCUCGGAGGUCAAGAUGGAGGUCUUCUUAAUGGCGUCCUCAGAGGUCAAGGUGGAGGUCUUCUUGAUGGUGUCCUCGGAGGUCAAGAUGGAGGUCUUCUUAAUGGCGUCCUCAGAGGUCAAGGUGGAGGUCUUCUUGAUGGUGUCCUCGGAGAUCAAGAUGGAGGUCUUCUUAAUGGUGUCCUCAGAGGUCAAGGUGGAGGUCUGCUUGGUGGUGUCCUUGGGGGGCCAAAUAGAGGACUUCUUCGUGGUGUCCUUGGGGGGCCAAAUGGAGGACUUCUUCGUGGUGUCCUUGGACGUGAAGAUCUCCUGGGGUUGAAGCUUGUGGAUAUCAUCCUUCCCAAAGUCUCCUUGAAGCUGUUUCCAGUUGGAAUCGGACUGAACAUCUACACCAAAAUAGCCCUCAAUGGCAACACGAUUCUGGGAGGCCCGUUGACCCUCCUGGUAGAAGUGAACCUCACAGCCAAGGCUCAGCUGGUCCAGGACAAGAUGGGAUCCCCCAAACUUCUCAUUGAGAAUUGUAAGACCAAUCUUGGUGGCUUUCGGAUCUUGUCUGGGCUCCUUCCAUUCUCACUGGACAACGUUCUGAGUGCUCUUUUGAAUAAAGUCGUCCCUGGAUUGCUGUGUCCAGUUGCCGAUGUUGUCCUGAACCUUCUCAACACUAUUCUCAGCACCGUCAACAGUGUGUGUCCAUUUGGGAUCCUUGGAAGUCUGCAUUACACCCUGGCUGGUUUGCCACUGUUCAAGGACCAACACAUCAUUCUGAAUCUAAACCUCAUGAUGACCGACCUCAAAGGCCAACCUAUGGACUUUCCUGGAGCCCAAAACACCUCUUGGCCUCUGCCUCCCGCCAUGGACGGUACUUCUCGGCUGAUGCUUCCCCGUGACCUCCUGUCCUCCUUGCUCCAGACGCUCGUAUCGAAAGGAGGGUUCGACGCAGACCUCACUGAACUGGCGCUUCGUGGAUCCGUUCCAAUGACUACAUCGGCUCUUCGGUCUGUGCUACCCGAGUUGUCUCAGCUUGGAGCAGAAGAUCUGCCCUUGGUGGUCAAGAUUAGAGUCCGUGGACUUCCGGUGGUGUCUUUGCAAAAUGGGAAGGCCACGAUCCUGCUUGAGGCUGGCCUUCAAAUAUUCUCCCGUUCCAACUCUAGCCUCAUCCUGCUGUUUAACGUGAACACGAAUAUCAGGCUGAGCGGAAGCUUCAGUGUUACACGAACCCAGCUGGGAAUCUCUCUAGCCUUGGAAAGCGUCUCCCUUGAUGUCUCUGAGAUGGGCUCUUUUGAUGAAAAUGCCCUUACAAACUGGAUCACAAACAUCCUUCAGAUCGGGUAUCUGCCUCUGAUUAACGUUGGCCUGAACAUCCCGCUGCCGAAUAUUUUCAACCUGAACUUUGCUGACGGUGUUGUUGAAACCCUUGAUGAGGUGGUGGUGAUCAAUAAGAUCCUUAAAUAAGACACCGAAUGAAGGAACUCCAAGGUGGAGGAACUGGCUCUCCUCCCUCAACCUCUCCGUCAUUCUAGAAGCAGGCGAAUCUCAAGCUGUCCCAACUUCUCCCUCAGUAGCUCAGUUGCUUCGAUCACUGCUUUCAUUUCUUCACCGUGGACCACCUUAGAUCUACAACUGUUAGAGAUCUACCGCCCUCUCUGAGAUGACUUGAUUAGCUUGCUCAAUAAAAAGGUGUUUACAGUGUC